UUCCGGCCACACCGCGCGUCACACACACAUGCAGCAACUAAUAACCUGAGUUACACAUUCGUGCAGCUACAUCCUUAAUCAUAAAUAUUCGUGUUAAAUGCCAAAUUGUGACGAAUGUAAGAUGCACUCGCAGUUGAAGGAAACGUAAUAAACAAAAUAAUAUUAAUGAAAAGUAACGGAAGUGGAAUCAUUAGAAUGAAAACUUACUGUUGUGUGCAGGCAUGGAGAAUCAAACUGGCACUGAGUGUCGUGAUGCUUAUAUUCGCUAGAUCUAAAGCAGGCGGCAUACUCAAUGAGGAUGUAAAUCCAAUCAGUGAUGUCACAGAGUACCAUAAACAGCAGACAGGAGAAGCAAGACAGGCGUCACAAGCUCGGCACCGCCUCAGGAUGCUCUUCCCCCUUCUCCUGCGCAUAUCGUCCCGCCUGGCUCAGAUCGUGCCCAUGGCUCUCGCCGCCAUGACAGCCACAUUCGUCAUGGCUAUCUUCGCUAAGAAGGCCUUUCUCAUCAGCCUGGCUGCAUUCGGACUGAUGCUUUACGACACGUUCAGGAAGAAACGUUACAUUGUUCAUUACCGUGUGGAACCAUGGCACGAAAGUCAUUUAAUCAGCAGUUACUAUACCCCAGCUGAACCUCAAAAAUAUGCAUCUCAUUCCGAUGAAAGCCACAGUUCUCAAUGGAAAAAUUACUACAAUGGCCACAAUAUUUACGAAGCCGGUAACAAAAAUAUAAUUCAGAAUAUUGCAGAAGUAGCCACCAGGUUGUACCAGAAAGCCACAACAGACAAAUAGUUACUGGCCUUCUCAAUACGCCUGACCAGAAGUUCACAAUUUGCUAACAGAAUUGGAAGAAACACGACUAAAAUUGUUUGGCCAUGCAAAAGUAAUAGAUAGGACAAAAGCACUGAGAAGCUUAUUAGAAUUAAAAUCUUAAGGAAACAGGCUUAUGGGACAAACCAGAACAAGAUAAUUCAGCCAAUCUGUGGAAGGCAAAAAAAAUUGAGGGCCGAGCUGGUAAAAAAUCGAAAAGGAGGGCCUCGGGAAGGAAGAAGGGACUGAAGACUUUCCUUCCACCAACCCAUACAAAGCUGAAACAAAGUUGUGACAGGAAUGAUGCCUCACGAUCAAAGCGGAUUAUAUCGAUACUGCAUUUAACGGGACCCCAACUGAUUAUCAGUCGCACUGAUGAAUGAAAUCUGUGUUAAUCCUUCCAAGCACAGCGGAUACUUCGAUGAGAAAAUCACCUGUUCUGUUUUAUAUCUUUAUUUAUCAUUCUAUCUAUUCCACCGAAAUUCUUCAGUGUUAUUUAACAUUUUCAUCCAGCUUGUCGGCAUUUAUAUUUAGCCCUUAAUCUACAUAGGCCAAGAUUCACUGCUAUAUAAGACGAACAUUUUUCUGUUUUAGUCAGUUGCCUUAGUGUUCUUGAAAUAAUUCCACGUACUUUCAGAAACAUGUGUACUUUU